GAUAAUUUACUAGCUUCUAUAACAUUUAAAACUUAAUUAUAUUAUUAAUAUUUUGCGAAACGCAUUUUAAAGCUUGAGAUUUGUAACAUUCAAAAAUAUUACGAUCAUAACAUUGCUAGUGUUUAGAGUGCAGUAACAGAUAUUUAAAAAAACAGACUUUAUGCCGUAAAGACAGAUGAAACAGCUGACCAAUCUGCUGAUACUUUUUCAUUGAUAAAAAUCUUAUGAAAAAUAGUUAAGUGAAUAAAUGACUACUCUUCUAUCUGUAAAGAUAUAAUUAACGUGUAUUACUGCUAUGGUCGAAGCAGUUGGGUGUGGCGAAUUACAGCAGUUAGUUCAAGAAGAAGAAUGUGAGGAACCACUUAGUCAUGGAGGAGAAGCUACUCCUCCCUCAACACCAGCGAGAUCUCAGCGUCCAAACAAAACUGAGGCACAGAACUCCAAUCAACAAGUAUUAUGGGAAAGCAACACGCAAAUAUCACCAAUCAUUAGUAAAGGAAGCUCUGGCCAAGCAACUAGUCAAGGUUCCAUGGUUUCUGGCCGAGCUGCCAAUACUUCAAGUUACACUUGCAAUCAAUCCCGAUUGACAUAUCUCAAUGAGAAAGAGAAACAAAGGCCUAAUCGGCCAGAUCCACCAAGAAUUGCACGUCAACACAAAGCUAUGGUGCCAUGCAAACACCACUGCUUUUUGUCAGAGGUGCCUGAUGUUCGUCAUAUGGAGCAAGCUUUGUUGCAAUUGUUGGAAGAUUUUCACAGUGGUAACUUACGAGCAUUUGGAAAGGAUUGUAGCAUGGAGCAAAUGACGGAAAUACGAGAGCAGCAAGAACGUUUGGCCAGGUUGCACUUUGAGCUAGGCCAGCGGCAGGAAGUAGGUGGAGAGCAGUCGGGUCUUCGACAAUCGAGUGCCAAUAUGCGACAUUUACUUCAACGUCUCCAGCAAUUGAGUUUUUGCAUAGAAAAAUUACAUAGCAAAUGAUCUUGCAAUAUAUCAUGUAUUGUAAGUUCUUAUAAUAACAUUUUCCUCUAUGACUAUAAUAUACAAUUAUAAAGUUUUCAUAAAAAAUACA